CUCCACGGGCUUUGGAUGCAAAGGGCUGGGCGGGCAGGGAGGAGAGAGAAUUCCAGCCUGUCAGUUAUUUUCCUUUUCCCUGUCCACAGUAAUCAGGACGAUUACCAACUGGUUCGGAAGCUCGGCCGGGGAAAAUACAGUGAAGUCUUUGAGGCCAUAAACAUUACCAACAACGAGAGAGUGGUGGUGAAAAUCCUCAAGCCAGUGAAGAAAAAGAAGAUAAAACGAGAGGUUAAGAUUCUGGAGAACCUGCGAGGUGGCACCAACAUCAUUAAGCUGAUUGAUACGGUCAAGGAUCCAGUGUCAAAGACUCCAGCUUUGGUGUUUGAGUACAUCAAUAAUACAGAUUUUAAGCAACUGUACCAGAUCCUGACCGACUUCGAUAUCCGGUUUUACAUGUACGAGCUGCUCAAGGCCCUGGAUUACUGUCACAGCAUGGGGAUCAUGCACAGGGAUGUCAAGCCCCACAACGUCAUGAUAGACCACCAACAGAAAAAGUUGCGGCUCAUAGACUGGGGCUUGGCGGAGUUCUACCAUCCCGCUCAGGAGUACAACGUCCGCGUGGCCUCCAGGUACUUCAAAGGACCAGAGCUCCUGGUGGACUACCAAAUGUACGACUAUAGCUUGGACAUGUGGAGUUUAGGCUGCAUGCUGGCUAGCAUGAUCUUCCGAAAGGAGCCCUUCUUCCAUGGCCAGGACAACUAUGACCAGCUGGUGCGCAUUGCGAAGGUGCUGGGCACAGAUGAACUGUACGGGUAUCUGAAGAAGUACCACAUAGAACUGGACCCGCACUUCAACGACAUCCUGGGGCAGCAUUCACGAAAACGCUGGGAGAACUUCAUCCAUAGCGAGAACAGACACCUGGUCAGCCCAGAAGUCUUGGAUCUUCUGGACAAACUUCUGCGAUACGACCAUCAACAGAGACUGACUGCCAAAGAGGCUAUGGAGCACCCGUAUUUCUAUCCCGUGGUGAAGGAGCAGUCCCAACCCAGCUCAGAAAACGCUGUGCUCUCCAGUGGCCUCACAGCAGCACGAUGAAGACUGGAAAACAACGGGUCCGCUGCUGUUCCUCCCAAUUUUCCAUAAGCAGAACAAGAACCAAAUCCAACGUCUUAUCAGCGUGUGUACAGAGCUGGCGGUCGGACGGCGUUGCGGGGGCAGGCGAAGAGGCCCGGGACCACGCCGGCUCCGGGGCACCCACCAGUUUAUAAACACAAAUCUUACUUCUGAAUGUAAAUGGCUCCUCUGCCUUUGACUUCCCGUUGACCUCUUCCUGACCCAGAAAGCAUGGAAAAUGUGAAGGGUAUGCAAAACGGUUGUUGGCUAGUGUUGCCCUCCCGCCCCCAUGCUGACCUUUGCCCCCUCUGAACCCCGGCGCAACGUAUUAACUAGCUGGCUCCAGCCCUGACCCGGCAGGGAGGGGGCAGCGGGGGGAAAUCCGGCAUGAUGGACAGUUCUAUAUUAUAAUGAAAGGAAUUCUAUAUUAUUGAAUAAAAGUUUUAAAAGAAA